UCACAGCUACGCGCUGGAAAACAUUCCAUGGUGACCCGCUGAUAAGGAAGAUCGACCUGAUCUCCCAUGAACCUGAAAAUGCAAGCAAAGUCUUUGCUUUCCCUUUUAAGUCUUCACUACCUGUCACUUUAGCUUUUCUCCCCCCACUCUCCAAUUUGGUAGACAAUCACUUCCAAAUUAAGUAUUUUUAUAUGCUUAGAGUUGUGUCCUUCAUUGAGGCUGCCCUUCCACCCCUCACAACUCACUCUCUCUCUGCUUUUUUUGGAUCUCUCUACUUGUUUAGUAGAGUCUCCAGCACCCAAGACUCCUACUUUGAGGAAUUUCACUUGCCAGUUGGAGCUGUACAGAGCUGAUUUGUGCUUUGUUUUGGUGUUAGGUGGCUAUGGAUACUGAGGAUGGGGAAAUGAAGUCGAAGAUGGAGGAUUAUGAAAUCAUAGAGCAGAUUGGGAGAGGGGCUUUUGGAGCCGCUUUUCUUGUUCUUCGUAAGGGACAGAGAAAGAAGUAUGUGUUAAAGAAGAUUCGUUUAUCUAAGCAAACGGAGAAGUUCAAACGCACAGCUCACCAAGAGAUGGAUUUAAUAGCAAAGUUAAAUCAUCCAUAUAUUGUGGAGUAUAAAGAUGCUUGGGUGGACAAGGGAGACUGUGUAUGCAUUGUAACCAGCUAUUGCGAAGGAGGUGACAUGGCUGAGAUGGUAAAGAAGGCCAGAGGACAAUUUUUUCCAGAGGAGAAACUUUGCAAAUGGUUGACUCAAUUGCUGCUAGCUGUUGACUACUUGCACUCUAAUCGUGUGAUUCAUAGAGAUGUUAAGUGUUCAAAUAUAUUCCUUACAAAGGAUAAUGGCAUCCGACUUGGUGAUUUUGGACUAGCAAAAUUACUGAAUACAGAAGAUCUUACUUCUUCGGUUGUUGGAACUCCAAAUUACAUGUGUCCUGAGCUCCUUGCAGACAUACCUUACGGCUAUAAAUCUGAUAUAUGGUCACUUGGGUGCUGUAUGUUUGAAAUUGCUGCACACCAACCUGCAUUUAGAGCUCCUGACAUGGCUGCGCUCAUCAAUAAAAUUAACCGUUCCUCCAUUUCUCCUCUUCCAAUUGUGUAUUCUUCCACACUGAAACAAAUUAUCAAGAGCAUGCUCAGGAAGAGUCCUGAACAUAGACCAACAGCUGCAGAGUUAUUAAGGCAUCCACACUUACAACCAUACCUCCUUCAAUGCCGCAAUGCAUCAUCUGUUUUUCUUCCAGUAUUUCCUUUAAACAACUUGAAAGAUAAAACUACAAGGAAAUCACCAUCUAGCAAGCCCAUUGGUGGCAAGGACAGCCGAGACAAAGAAGCUGCAACACCUAAGCACUUGGAAAAGGUUCAUCCAUUCGAGACCAGACCUGAUGCUAUGAAGAGAUAUUCAAUAAACAUUGCCAACCCUGUAUUCACAGCUUGUACUGAAGAAAAGCUUGAAACCAAGAGAGUUGAUCCUAGUAGCUGUACUGUGGAACCAUCUAAUGCCACUGCUGGUCCAAAAGAUGGGCCAAUUGAUCCACAAGCGUCUAUUUGCAAUGAAGAUGAGCAAUCUGAACCUAAUAUCUACAAUGUGGAGUUAUCUAAUACCACUGAUGGAUCAAAAGAUGGACCAACUUAUUCAGAAGCAUCUGUCUGCAAUGGAGAUAAGCAAGCUGAUUGUACUAGUCGUGCUAGCUGUAGUCUGGAAUUAUCUAAUACCAGUGAUGGCUCAAAAGAUGGUCCAACUGAUUCAGAAGCAUCUGUUUGUAAUGCAGAUAAGCAAGCUGACGCCAUCAGUAUACCCCAAAAGGAGACUACCAUGUCCGAUGUUGAAACUACAUCAGAGAGUACCCCAAAUCGGAAUGAAGAACUAGAAGAACCUGCUAGUACAAAUUCCAAACAAUUGCAAGAGGUUGCUUGCAAGACUCUGAACUUUGAGGAUGAAAAGACACUUCAAAACCAACAAGUUCUUGAAGUAGCUAGAACAGAAGGAGAGGGAGCUAAAGAAGAAAAUUGCAGGGAACUGGUAAUGGACAGUUCAGGCUGCACCGACAAAGUUGGUUCCCCAAAUGAUAAUUGCUCCUCAUCAGCUAAAUCCGAGGUUGAACCCAGAUGUUGUUUACAAAAGGAAAGUUCUAAUGUACAUAUUGAAGGUGCUCAAAUGAAUUGCUUGUCAUCUGGAAGAAACAAUGAUACUUCACCACAGAAAGAAAAAGAUGAAGUGGGAAGAAAGGCAGGUCAUAGUAAUAGCUCCCUGCAUAUAGAAAAAGAUGAUGCUCACAUGAGUAAUCAGGCACUCAGUGAUGUAUCCUUGCUGAGUACACUAACUGCAAUAGGUGGUGAUGAUUCCAAGAGUGAGUGGGAAAAUCCAACACAGCAAAGAGCUGAUGCCCUGGAGUCUCUGCUUGAGCUAUGUGCACGGCUACUAAAGCAGGACAAACUUGAAGAGCUUGCUGGGGUUCUAAGACCAUUUGGAGAAGAUGCUGUCUCAUCUAGAGAAACUGCUAUCUGGUUGACAAAGAGUCUCAUGUCUGCACAGAAAGAUAAUGGAGGAUCCUAAUUUUUGAUCGUUAAGUUGGCUAUAAUUUAUGGAAAACUAUUCAAAAAAUGAGAGAAAAAGUAUCUGUUUUGUAUCAUCUUGACAUAAAUUGUUUGUAAAAAGAGUGGUUUGAAUAUUUAACUUGAAACUCGGAAAUAACAAGAUUUCAGAUUGUAACAGGACA